AAGCUCCACACCCAAGCAUCGUCUCUCAGCAUCCUCGUCUGUACCACUCCCGACUGCAGACGCGCAUCUGCUUUCGCUCGACCUCUACAACGUCAAGCGCACUCCCAAAUCCCAUCUCCUCCACUGCCGCCAUUAUGUUCACACGCCAGACUUAUGCCGGUGUUCGCAGUGCACUCGCCGUUCCGCAUGCGACAUCAGCUGCCCGCUCACGAGCCUUCGCAGCUGGCGCUGCUAUGCAAAGCUCACCCCGCGCUCCUACGCUUGCAGAUAUCACACCCGACAGUGCUGCGAGCUUCCACAAGAAACAACAGGCCUUCCGCGAUAGCUUAGUGGCUGCACAGAAGCAAAAGGAACAGCAAGAAAAAGAAGCGCGUGCUCGUGAGCAAGAAAACACCAAGAAGAAGGGUGGAGCACUGUCGUCGCUCAUCUAUGGCACACCCGAGGGCCGUGAGCUCGAUAUGGACAUAGAGCGUAGCUUCUCUCAAGUGCUAGCUCGUGGCAAGUAUGUUCACUCUAUCGUCUUCCAUGAAGUCAAGCCCGACAAGGUCGACGAGUAUGUAGAGCUUGUGGGGAACUGGUAUCCGAAGAUGGCAGCCAUUCCUGAGAAUAAGGUACAUCUUGUGGGAAGCUGGAGGACCGAAGUGGGCGACUGCAACACGUUUGUUCAUAUUUGGGAGUAUCAGCGAUACGAGGGUUAUCACCAAUCUCUGCACAACAUCCAGAGCCACGCCGACUUCCCUGCGUUCAAUGCCAAGCUCAAGGACCUGAUUGAAUCUAAGAAGACAUCACUGAUGCAAGAGUUCUCCUUUUGGCCAACAACCGCCCCGCGCCAAUUGGGUGGGCUGUUUGAACUACGCUCCUACACGCUACACCCCGGUAACCUGCUCGAGUGGGAGACGCACUGGAGACGCGGCCUGAAAGCGCGUAGGGAGGUCAUGGAAGGUGUCGGCGCGUGGUUCGUCCAGAUUGGCGACUUGAACACGGUGCACCAUCUUUGGCAGUUUGCCAACCUGGAAGAGCGCAAGAUUCGCCGCGAACAGAGCUGGAGCGUCGAAGGCUGGGGCGAAACGGUGCACAAAACGGUACCGCUCAUCCAGACCAUGAAGAGCAACAUUAUGAUUCCUUGCUCGUGGAGCCCCGUUUCGUGAGUUUCUGGCGCUAAGAAUGGGAUACACAUUACACCACCGUUUGGAAACGAUACCGAAACCAUGCGACAUGGGCAUGUGUGAUUGAGCAAGAGGUAGUUAAAGUUUCUCUAGUACAUGAUGGACGAAGUUCACGCUACCAAACAUAAGCCAUAAACAAUUAAGAACGUAACCUGUUGGUUUUGCGUUUUACGAU